CGCUUAGCGGCGACAGCAUCGCAUUGAAGAUUAUACUUAAAAAUUAAAAAAAUAACAUACAAAAACGGGAGGCCAACAAGGUGUUACUACUGAUAACAAAUCAAAGCCCACUUACAACCCAUAUAUUACGCGAGUGACAACACAACGGCCAACAAAAUUGGAUUAAUUUCGACUUGUGUCAAGUGCCUUCAAAACCAGUUAGCAAAACAGGAUACCAUUAGCUAAUCAAUUAAUUAAUUAAGCCAUUAAAAACAAACGGUACAACCAGGCACCAAGAUGUUUGCAUACACUUGGCAAAUCAGCUCUGUGAUCCUGCUGGUCCUGGCAGCGAUGGUUAGUGCAGUUCCAGCUCCCCAGCAGCAGGAGGUUCCACAUGCCCUGCUGGACAUCGAGACGCCCAAUCAGUUCAGCUACAGUCCCUCGCCACUGGCCCAGCCGGAGAGCCUGAGGUCCAAGCCGUACUUUGAUUUCCUGAGCACACUCUAUGCCCAUGAUACGGCCAAAUCGAAUCUGUUCCGGCCUUAUAGCCGUCAGCGUCGGGAUGCGGAUGCUGUGGCAGCCAAGAAGUUGGAUCGCCCUCGUCGGGCCAUCGUCUUCCGGCCCCUGUUCGUGUACAAGCAGCAGGAGAUCCGCAGGCAGGAGAUCAGGGAUAGGAAUGCCCAGAGGCGUCACGAUUUGAACCGCCUGCAGCGUCUGUAGUCCUGUCCUCACUGUGUGUGUCCAAGCAGCCAACCCGGGAUGUUGGCCAUCUACAGGGUCCUCUAGCACUUAGCCUCCACUGUGUCCUAGCCUUAAGUAAUGCACUGCAGCACGACGAGAGAGAGAGAGAGCACUCAUUGCUAUAUUUUAUAUAUAUAUAAAUAAUCCAUUUGCACCGCCUUCACCACCACCCACACCCAUCCUUGUAGUUCUAAGUCCAAGAUGUUUGUUAUGCAAUUUGUUAUCGCGACUUUUGAUUAAAGCUAACAAAACUGAUUUUGAUACGA